AGGAAUCAAGGAAAGGAAGUCAGACCUAUUUGCUUAGGAAAGUAUACCAAAAUUACUCCUACUGCAGAGAGAAAUAUAAAUACCAGAAAAUUAAUAAUUUGUGCGUGAAUAGAGGCUCUCUCCUUUCGUGUUUCCCUCCAUGUUCUUUCACUCUCCUGCUGAGCAGGGAAGGCCAAAAGAAACAGCAAUUGUUUUCUCUCUGCUUUGAUUCUUCUUCUCAAAACCCUAAAUACAGCUCUCUUUGAGGUGUAAGGCAUUUAAGUUCCUGGUUUAAUUGAAAGAUGGAGAAAGAAGCUGGUGGAUCCCCUCCACUUCCAAUGCCAGCCAAUGUGAAGGCAGAGCUGGCAGUUCCUAGACAUUCGAUCAUUAACAGACGUGGAUUUGGGUCUAGUGGGCGUCGCAUACCUUUGCUUGCCAACCACUUUAGAGUUUCUGUCAGUGUUCCAGAUGCUGUAUUUUACCAAUAUAGUGUUUCCAUUACUUCAGAAGAUAAGAAAGCUGUUGAAGGUAAGGGAAUUGGGCGAAAGCUAGUUGAUAGGCUAUGCCAAACAUACUCAUCUGAACUUGCUGGUAAAAGGUUUGCUUAUGAUGGUGAGAAAAGCCUCUAUACAGUGGGGCCUCUGCCACAGAACAAAUUUGAGUUCACUGUGGUACUUGAGGAAUCAUUUGCCAAACGUGAAAAUGGAAGCCCUGCUGCAACUGCUAAGAGGUCAAAGCGUGCUUUUCACUCAAAAACUUUUAAAGUAGAGAUAAGCUAUGCUGCCAAAAUCCCUUUGAAGUCCAUUGUGCUUGCUCUCAAAGGAGUUGAGGCAGAUAAUAGUACUCAAGAUGCUUUAAGAGUGCUGGAUAUUAUCUUGAGGCAGCAAGCAGCUAACAGGGGGUGCCUUUUGGUAAGACAAUCAUUCUUUCAUGAUGAUAUGAGGAACUUCACUGAUGUUGGAGGGGGUGCAACGGGAGUUAGGGGAUUCCAUUCCAGUUUUCGCACAACCCAGGGUGGCUUGUCCCUUAAUAUGGAUGUGUCUACAACAAUGGUCCUAACCCCUGGACCAGUUAUUGAUUUUCUGAUAGCUAAUCAGAAUGUACGGGAACCACGCUAUAUUGACUGGGUAAAGGCCAAAAAAAUGUUGAAAAAUUUGAGGGUUAAGCCUAGGCACCGAAACAUGGAAUACAAAAUUAUAGGCUUGAGUGAGAAGCCAUGCAAUCAGCAAUAUUUUCCGAUGAGAAUGAAAAAUGGUGACAAUGCAAAUGGUGAGCCACAGAUUGUGGAGAUAACUGUGUACGAUUAUUUCACUAGACACUGUGGCAUAGAACUCACCUUCUCUGCAUACCUGCCUUGCCUUGAUGUUGGCAAACCAAAACGACCAAAUUAUCUGCCAAUAGAGCUUUGUUCACUUGUUUCACUCCAACGCUAUACAAAAUCCCUAUCUUCAACACAAAGAGCAUCUUUGGUUGAAAAAUCCAGACAAAAGCCUCUGGAUAGAAUGCGAACUGUGACUGAUGCUUUGAAAAACUACCGUUAUGAUGAUGAUACUGUUCUUUCUGCAUGUGGUGUUUCUAUAGAAAAACAAUUGAUGCAGGUUGAUGGUCGUGUGCUUGAGACUCCAAAGUUGAAGGUAGGAAAUAGCGAGGACUGUUUCCCGCGCAAUGGACGGUGGAACUUCAAUAACAAGACACUUUGGAAAACCCAUAGCAUUGAGCGCUGGGCUGUGGUAAACUUUUCGGCUCGCUGUGAUACUAGCCAAAUCUCUCGUGAUCUUAUUGGUUGUGGAAGGAGAAAAGGCAUUCAAAUUGAGCGUCCAUAUACCUUAAUUGAGGAGGACCCACAAUCUAGAAGAGGCAGUCCAGUUUCUAGAGUAGAAAAAAUGUUUGAACAGAUGAUACCAAAGCUUCCAUGGGAACCCAAAUUUAUUUUGUGCGUCUUGCCAGAGAGGAAAAACUCUGAUAUUUAUGGACCAUGGAAGAAGAAAUGUCUAAGUGAUUUUGGCAUUGUUACACAAUGCAUUUCUCCAUUUAAGGUUAAUGAUCAAUAUCUCACCAAUGUACUGCUCAAGAUCAAUUCUAAGCUUGGAGGAAUAAAUUCUUUGUUGGCAAUUGAGGAUUCCAGACAUAUCCCACUCAUAAAGGAUACUCCUACAAUGAUUUUGGGCAUGGAUGUGUCUCAUGGCUCUCCCGGUCGAUCUGACAUCCCAUCAAUAGCUGCAGUUGUUGGGUCUCUUUAUUGGCCACUGAUUUCAAGGUAUAGAGCUUCUGUGAGAUCGCAAUCUCCCAAGGUGGAGAUGAUUGAUGCUUUAUUCAAGCCUUCAGCUAAUGGGAGUGAUGAUGGCAUCAUGAGGGAGUUGCUAGUGGAAUUCUUUUGUACGAGCAAUGGGCGCAAACCGAAACAGAUUAUUGUGUUCAGGGAUGGAGUGAGCGAGUCACAAUUUAAUCAAGUUCUAAACAUUGAAGUUGAGCAAAUGAUAAAGGCCUAUCAGCAUCUUGGUGAGGUUGAUGUUCCCAAGUUCACAGUAAUUGUUGCUCAGAAGAAUCAUCACACAAAGUUAUUUCAAGCUAGUGGCCCUGAAAAUGUUCCUCCUGGGACAGUUGUGGAUACAAAGAUUGUGCAUCCUAGAAACUAUGAUUUCUACAUGUGUGCUCAUGCAGGGAUGAUCGGAACUUCAAGGCCUGCACACUAUCAUGUGUUGCUUGAUGAGAUUGGUUUCUCUCCUGAUGACUUGCAAAGUCUUAUCCAUUCUCUAUCUUAUGUGUACCAAAGGAGCACUACUGCUAUUUCAAUUGUGGCUCCUGUAUGUUACGCUCACCUUGCUGCACAGCAGAUGGGGCAGUUUAUGAAGUUUGAGGAUUUGUCCGAAACUUCAUCAGGACAGGGAAGCAUGACAUCUGCUGGACCUGUACCAGUUCCUGAGCUGCCUAGGUUGCACAAGAAUGUCGCAUGUUCAAUGUUCUUCUGCUGAGGUGCUGCUGACAAUUCUUCGUGAAUAGUGAUUUUGCUAAUUUUGUGUAGUGCUACUGCUACAGUUUUUAUUUGGAGUUGAGUGCCUUCUGAUGGUAUUAUCGGACGCAUUUUCUAUAGCUAAUAUUAUUAUAUCAACAAGAUGAGAGAUCAAUUUUGCCUAGAAACCUUAUCCUUAUCAUUUCAGUAGAUGGAGAAGGUUAAGAGAGGACUGGAGUUUGCCCCUUCAUUUUGUAAACCAGUGAAAGAGAAUUUGAGGAAGAGAAGUUUCUAUUUAACAUAGGUUUAUAAUUAGAAAAUAUGAUAUUACAUGUUUGUAUAUUCUAUUUCAGUACCUCGUAUCAGAUCUGGCUUUGUGCCCAUAUAUGAAAUUAAAUUUCUUUAGCUUAUGUAGCUCCUGAACUUUGUGUCCAACCUUAAUUGGGCCUUAUAUUAUGAAAUGGAAUCAAUUGAAUUUUUAUACAAA